AUGGCCUGGCAUCAUAGCUGGUAUGUAACCCACCCAGCCCUGGUAGAGGAUGCCACACUACUGUCUCCGUGCGUUUGGGGUAGGGAUAACACAGCGAAGAAGCAUCGAGCUAGGCUACAGCCUCACCUAUUGGAGUGUCCGUACAGGAGGGGUGUGGACUUGGACUGGCCACCCGGAGAUGGUGUAAACAAACGCGCUUUCGCCCCUCACCGAGCACCAACACGGCGGUAGGUUGAACAUUUUGGGAUGGUCCUAAACGAAUUAUGGAAUUAACACCAACGAGAGAAUUUACACAAAUGUCGAAUGGAACAUUUGUUAUUUCAUAACAUUUAUCUUUAGAGAAACAACUGCGUAUCUUGGGCAUGAAUCAAUUUAUAUUAUUCAGCGAUAUAACGCUGCUCCGCUCGUUGUUUUAUCUCCUAUCAAGUGUGGCAGAUCUAAUCAAAGAUACCAUUUAAUUUUGCUCCCAGCUCUUUAUCUAGCUAUCAUUUAAUGUGAACACUGGAGGGGAUUGAUCCCACAGCGCAGAUGACUGUAUUUAAUAACCUAGCUAAGCAUUUAAUAAACUAUCAAUUCGACAUACAUUCUCCUAAAGAUCUACAUGCAUUAUUCUAACCAUAUUGCAGGCUUAUCGAAGGAGCUGUGUCAUUUGCUUUGAGAGGGGGUUGGGACACUUUAAAUCUUAUCUCCGUUUGAAAUGGAGACAUUUCGGGACAGAACCUAAAAUCAAAAUAAAAGGAAAGGAAAUCAUGGUGUGUGUAUGUGUGUAUGUGUGUGUGUCCAUGCAGAGCACUAUGGGAGUGAUUCUCUAUAGAGUUACAUGUAGGUUAAUUGACAGGUAUUGGUUUGCGUUAAUUACAUUAUACUUAUAUAAUUAGAAAAAUAAAUCCACGCACUAACAUGCACAGCUGGGCUCAUUAGCCUACUAGAGGCAUUACGUUUUUUUAACAUGAUCACAAUAUUUUGAACUCUAAAAGUAAUUUAAGAACUAUUUUCUAAUAUCACUGUUGAAUGAUUUAUCUAAAAUAUAUUGAUUGAUUAAUGUAUUUAUUUGGCAUGAUUUAUUGUGGACUUGGUGCCUGUUGUGCCAAGAUGAAUAGAGGGUUAGCUGAAGCUUCUUGUUUCGAAGUAGAAUACUUUUUAGUCUAUCAAUUCAUUGAGGAGCCUCGUGAUUUUCUAUUUAUUCCGAUCAUUAGAAAAUCUGUAUUCUUAUACAUAAUUAACCUGUUAAUUGUAAUUAGGCCUAACUCUUAGCGUAGUUUUCCCCAGCUGAUUUUAUUAUAUUUUUCCAAAUCCCGAUACCCUCCACAAAUCUUUUUGAAAACUGAAUCUGCUUGAUAGUUGUGGUGUGGUAGUUUACUAAUUUUGAAAGGGGAAAGAAAAGAAAACAUAGGCUAUUUUACCAGCUAAUCUGAAAUGUCAUAUUGGCAUAACCAUUUAGGUCCAUCACAUAUGCGUGGAAAUUGUUCUAAUUCAAUGCAAAUAACAAUUAAGUAAAGCGUGAAUAUUAUCAGAAAUGUGUGUUCAUUUAUGGGUAUAUUUGAAAAUGCCACAAUUUAUUCUGCCUGUGUUGGAAUGUGGCCAGAAAUAGUGGGGGGAUGCGGAAUGGGGUGAAUGGGUCUACCCGACGCCCAAUGUGCCCCAUGGGACCUUAUAAUAGGACCAGCACCGCAGAAACAUGCUGUGAGAGGGCACGCCAAGGCACGUGCACGGGGAAUUGGGGAAGAGCUUUCGUUGGGUCGCGUCUGUCGCCCAUCUAUAGCAACAGAAACCCCCCAAAUGUGUAAAUGUAGGCUACAGCUGUUAGCCUACAACUUUAAUUAGCCUACAAGACGUACAAAAUUACUAAGAUUGAAAUAUUUAAUAAUAUGUUAUUUUUGACGAAUAAUCAAAGUAAUUUUUGACUUAUGAAUUAACAAGAUUUCUAAAAGUAUUGUUUUUAUGGAAAUACAUUGUAUUCUUAUUAAAACAUUAGCAUAUUAUAUUACAGGCCUAUGGAACUUGGCUCAAGUGCACUCAUAGGUCUAAAGCUCAGUUGGUAGAGCAUGGCGCUUGCAACGCCAGGGUUGUGGGUUCAUUUCCCACGGGGGGCCAGUAUGAAAAAUGUAUGCACUCACUAACUGUAAGUCGCUCUGGAUAAGAGCGUCUGCUAAAUGACUAAAAUGUAAAUGAAAAGGAAUUUUGAAUUCUGCGUUCAACUAUUAAAGCUUAUAUGCCUAUAAACCUUAUUCUCUGACAGUAUUUUUAUUAAAUAUUUUUACAUUUUUGUUGCAUCUCGUCUGUCAAUCAAAAUCAAUAUUUGUAUUUAAAAAAAAAUCUAUAUUCGGAUAAUACAUAGCCUAUUCACUUAUGCACUGUCUGAAACUACUUCUCUAGGACCUAAGUUCUCAUCUGUCUUGUGAUGUUUUCCAGUGCCACCAUGUUGACAAGGCUAUUCAGCGAGGUUCUGCCGGAUGUCCAGAAGCUCUCGGGUUGGGUGGAGGACAGCGAGGGCGAGGAUUCCAAAACCAAGGAGGACGACCUGGAUCACCUGGAAGACGACGACUUGGAUGACGGCGACGCCAGAGAGGGAAGCAGCCGGGAUCAGUCAGAGAUGGCUGGGGAUGACGACGACGACGAUGACGUCGACGAUGAGGAUUGUGGGGAUGAGAACGAGGGGGGAGACAAACCCAAAAAGCGCGGCCCAAAGAAACGCAAGAUGACGCCAGCAAGGAUUGAGCGCUCGAAGGUGCGGCGUCAAAAAGCCAAUGCACGAGAGAGAACGCGCAUGCACGAUUUGAACUCUGCACUGGACAAUUUGCGUAAAGUAGUCCCCUGUUAUUCCAAAACGCAAAAACUCUCCAAGAUAGAGACGCUGAGACUGGCUAAGAAUUACAUUUGGGCGCUCGGAGAGAUAUUGCGCAAUGGUAAAAGGCCAGAUGUGGUAUCCUACGUGCAGACACUGUGCAAGGGCCUAUCACAGCCCACCACGAAUCUAGUUGCUGGUUGUCUGCAGCUCAACUCUCGGAACUUCUUGACAGAGCAGUGUCCUGAUGGGGCCCGGUUCCAUGUCCCCAACUCCUCUUUCUCCGUGCACCCUUACUCCUACCAGUGUCCCCGUCUGUCUAGCCCUCAGUGCCAACCCGGCUCUAGUGGGCAUAUGAGGACCCAUAACUACGGCUACGGCGACGCGGUCUACCCAGGGGCCGUCUCCCCGGAGUACAACAGCCCUGACUACGAGGGCCAUCACAGUCCGCCUGUGUGCGUCAACGGAAACUUUUCCGUGAGGCAACAGGAGUCUGUGUCGCCAGAUGCAGACAGGAACUAUCACUAUGCUAUGCACUAUUCUGGACUGUCUGCAUCUCGCGCACCUGCUGCCCACGGCCUAGCGUUCGGCCCAUCAGGAGUGCGCAGCGGUUCCGCGCACUCUGAAAACGUGCCGCCGCCGUUUCAUGACGUUCACUUACACCAUGACAGGGCGCCCGUGUACGAGGAACUGAACGCCUUCUUCCACAACUGAAUCCUCCAAAACCCGAACAAACCUAGCGGACCCCUAAAUACCCAAAUGACAAUCCUAAUGUUAUAAUAGCCUACCCAUUUUGACACUGGAUGAGGUUUUUAGAGGACGGGAGAUGGGGUGCCAGGAAUUGAGAGAAAAAGCCCUAUAUUGUCAAUGUUGGUCCUCUGUUUUAUUGAUGUCAUUCCUGAACUAUCAUAAUGUACAUUUUAAGGUGUGUCAGAAAUCAAUAUCUCCAAUCAAAUGUCGACCUGUAUGCAGAAUAUGAGUGCAAUCAAAACAAAUGAUGUAUAGGCCUACAUGAACGAAACAUGCUAUGAUUAAAAAAUAAAACAAUAUUUUAUAACUGUCUGACAUGCGGUGAUUGACCAA